AACCUUUCUGAAUGGGGGGCGGGGGGAGAAAACCACAACAAAUCUGCUUGUAUGUGGAACAUGCGCAUUCGUUCUCUGUAGUUUUUUCGGUAUGGAAAGUGAGCCUGCGCAUUAGGAAAAUUUUGCCCCCGUGAAGUUUGAACCGGGCAGAAACGGCUUGUCCUGGGGUUGCCAAAUUCACUGUUUUGUUUGUUUUAAACGCAUGCUUAGAAAGUUGGGAUUACACGUGAGAUUUUGGAAACUGUUGAGCUGUGUAUGAAUGGAUUUGGGUACAGCAGUCCCAAGUCCUAAAACCAUAUACAGAAAAAGAACAACUUCCUUGAAUGAUUGGCUCCUUAAACAACAUAGGUUGCUCACUUUUUCGAAGGAGUUUGUUUUGGUUUGUUUCUCAGCAUGUCAAUAGUAACAGUGCAGCUUGGUCAGUGUGGCAAUCAGAUUGGUUUUGAAGUGUUUGAUGCUUUAUUUAAUGACUCAAACUGUCCCCGAGGACUCUGCUCUAAAAGGGAGAAUGAGGCGUAUCAAGCAUCUUGCAAAGAAAGGUUCUUCAGUGAGGAGGAAAAUGGAGUUCCAGUUGCUCGUGCUGUCCUUGUUGACAUGGAACCUAAAGUUAUCAAUCAAACACUGUCAAAGGCCGCCCAUUCUGGCCGAUGGAAAUAUGGCCAGCAUUCAUGCUUCUGUCAAAAACAAGGUUCUGGAAACAACUGGGCCUAUGGAUACUCUGUUCAUGGACCCAGGCAUGAAGAAUCUAUAAUGAACCUAAUCCGGAAGGAAGUAGAGAAAUGCGAUUCUUUGAGUGGCUUUUUCAUCAUAAUGAGUAUGGCUGGAGGCACCGGAUCCGGGCUAGGAGCCUUCGUUACUCAGAACUUACAAGAUCAGUACUCAAGCGCUUUGAAAAUGAAUCAGAUUAUAUGGCCUUAUGGAACUGGUGAGGUUAUUGUUCAGAACUACAACUCCAUUUUGACACUUUCUCACUUGUACCGAUCUUCAGACGCCCUCCUUGUUCAUGAGAACGAUGCUGUUCAUAAGAUCUGUGCGAAGCUGAUGAAUAUCAAGCAGAUCUCCUUCUGUGAUAUAAACCAAGUCCUCGCACAUCAGCUGGGAAGUGUGUUCCAGCCUACUUACUCCGGGGAAGGCUCAUUUCACUACAGGAGAAAUCCACUAGGAGACUUAAUGGAGAAUUUAGUUCCCCAUCCAGAAUUCAAGAUGCUGGGUGUUCGUAACAUUCCUCAAAUGUCUGAGAAUUCACUGGCAUACAGCACGUUUACUUGGGCUGGCCUCCUCAAGCAUUUGAGACAGAUGCUCAUUUCUAAUGCGAAAAUGGAAGAAGGUAUUGAUUGGCAGGUUCGGCCACCUUUAUCAGGACUUCCUCCUCUUAGUAAAAUGUCUGUCAACAAAGAGACUCAUUUUAACACUUCCAUUGCUAACUUGGUCAUCCUUCGUGGCAAAGAUGUGCACAGUGCAGAUGCAGGAGCAUUUAAAGAUCCAGCUCUCUAUACUUCUUGGUUAAAGCCUGUUCACGCUUUCAAUGUGUGGAAAACCCAGCGAGCCUUUAGGAAAUAUGAGAAGUCUGCAGCCUUGGUCAGCAAUAGCCAGUCCUUAGUAAAACCACUUGAUAUGAUUGUGGGUAAAGCAUGGAAUAUGUUUGCUUCAAGGGCCUACCUUCAUCAGUACACAAAAUUUGGAAUUGAAGAAGAGGAAUUUUUGGACAGUUUCACGUUGUUAGAACAGGUUAUUGCUAGUUACUGCAACCUCUGAUUUCGAACCAAGAGGAAAAAUUACCUUAAGUCAAUUUUGGACUAAAAUACUUGCAGUACUGCUUUCUCUGUAAGGUUUUAAAAUUCCAGUCUGCUGAUGCUAGAGUCGAAUGCUGGUUCCUUCUUUAUGCUAUAGCGUCAGAGGAGGAAAACCUUUCAUGUUUUCAAUGAAAACAUCUACUUGGUAUUUUCCUUUGUAAGAAAAAAAAAUUGGUGCUUCUUUAAAGAACUUUGGGAACACUUGGCUGAGAUGUUACAACUUUGAAACUAUCAGAAAGGAAACUUCCCUCUUUAUUCCAAAAAGCAUUCAGUAAAUAUGAGCUAAACUUUCAUAGCACAGUUUUAAGUUAAGAAAUUACAAUUCUGUAUUUAAAUAUAUUCAUCUUUGAAGUGAAUGUUUUGGACCACAAGAGGGAGCUGUUGUCAAAUGCUAUGAUGUGAACAUCUCCUUUUGAAUAUGUUAUUCUAUAACAGGGUAAGAUUUUCCAGUUUAAGCAGCUAUUUAAAAAUAAAUGUCAAUUUAGAUUUAAAAAAAAAUCAUACAACAAUCCUCUUUCUACCCCAAACCUACUCCACUCCAGAGACUAGGCUCUUCCUUAAUGAAAACCAUUUACUUUUCCUCUUUUAUUUCAUCUUUAAUUUUUAUUGAAAGUUUUCUUGCAAAUUCAUAAAUAAAUAAUUUGCCCAUCUAACAACAACAACAAAAAAUAAAUGUCAGGAUUUUGUUAAUGUAUAUCGUUCUUAAGUACAAAAAGUAAAUAAGCAAGUGUUUACUUUGUUUGCUUUUCUUAAGUUGGGCAUCAGAAAAUUGUUUUUCUUUUACAUCUUAGAAUUUCAGAGUAGGAAUUGAUUUUGCUCAAAUAGUGUUUUUAAAUUACUGUUAAGUAUUUAGCUGGUGUGGAAGAAGGUAAUUAUAAGGUAAUAUACUUCAAGGUGUAUUCUUUUCAGUAAAAGGGGUGAGAGCUUUCACCAAACUGUCACUAGGUUGAUAAAAUUAUCACCAAGGAAAUACUAAUAUAUUACUAUUGCUAAUUGCUUAGUUGUGUCCAACUCUUUGAGACCCCACAGACUGUGGCCCUCCAGGCCCCUCUGUCCAUGGGAUUCCCCAAGCAAGAAUACUGGAGUGGGUUGCUAUUUCCUUCUCCAGGGGAUCUUCCCAACCCAGGGAUCAAACCCGGGUUUCCUGAUUGCAGGCAGAUUCUUAACCAUCUGAGUUACAAGGAAAUACUGUGCUAGAUGAACUUGACACCUAUAGAUGUUGGUCUCAUUUAGGACAAAACACAUUUGGAAAUUGGCAGCUGAGUUUGAGGGGAAUGGCGUAUUUCAAUAAAACGCAUCACGUGCAGUGUGUUAACAAAUGUAAAAUGGAAAACAAAUAGAACACUUGCCCUUUCUGCCAGGGCUACCAGUGGUGACUUAUUUUUAUGUGGAAAAAUGACAGUUCGCAGAUUCACUGGUUUCUUCCUUCUCUUUCCAUAUGGAAAUGAUUACCUUUUUGCUGUUUUUCUUAUCAACUGUUGCUAUGAUUUAAAAUA